AUGCCUCAGUCACAUCGAAAAUACAGCUCCAAGAGCUCGACAAGUAGUCGGGGCUCCGGAAGGAGCUGUGACUCGGUCGACUCUUACGAGACAUAUGAAUCCCAAAGCACAACACCCACAUCCUACUACGCGAGCACAGAAGCUUCAGUUAGGGAAUCGAAGCCCCUCUCCAACAAGUUUCAACCCGUCUACGAGGAGGACAUUUCCCCUUCGACUAGCAACUGCGCAAGGGAUUCCGUCGACACUUUCGACUCGAGUAUAGCUUCCGAGGACGACCUCCAGCUUCAGCGCGACAUCGACAUGGACAGCUUCGACGAGCACCAGGAGAUCCCGCCUCUGCCCGUCUACUGCCGUGACAUCGUCGAUGACGUCCGCCCUUCCACACCGCAAGACUUCGCAAAGCUCUUCCCCUCCAUGAACAGGUUAUCUAUUCGCCACGACGAGUUCACCCCGGACGGCAACAUGAACCUGCGAGUCGACACCGUCGCUCCUGGCCGCCGCCCCUUCGCCAUGCAGCUCUUCCACCUGCGCAUGUACGACCUCAGCAAACGCGACUUUUCUCUGAGACGCUACUGUCGCGACUCGGGUCGUGAGGUUUGCAACUCCAAGCGCAAGUACAUCGAGCCCGCCAGCGAGGAGCGCCCAACACUUCAGCGAUCCUUGUCCAGCGCCAUCAAGACAUUAUCACCCAGGAAAACUCUCUCGCGCACCAACUCUGGCGAUCCCGCUCGCCCGCAGUCCAGCGCCUCAUCCCAGGACGGCGACGAAGACCCCUCUGUCUACUUCAAACGCUCCAGCUCCUUUGACAACAAGGCCAAGACCCGACCCGUCCCAAGCAACACCAUGAAGCUCGAGUUCUCCAACUACGCCCGCGUAGACGUCUCGCGCCGCGGCGGCAAGAACAACAAGCGCUACGAGUUCGAGUGGUGGGGUCACAAGUACCAGUGGAAGCGCGUCCUCGACAAGAACCUCGGCGUCGUCUCCUUCCACCUCGUCAAGGACGGCAACACCGCCGCCAACGCCGCCAUCGCGCACAUCGUCCCCGAGACCCGCGCCCCCAACCAGGUCUACGACGACGAGAGCGCCGGCGGCUGGGUGCCCCCCUGCCACAUGUGGAUCAGCGAUCGCAGCAUCAUCGAGGCCGUCACCGACGUCGCCGAUGUCAUCGUCGCCACCGGCCUCAUGGCUCUCGUCGACGACUGCAUCAAGGACCGCUGGCAAGUCAAGAAGACGCAGGGCCCUCGCUCCUUCGUGCAGCACUUCUUCCAGCGCCGCUCGUCGGAUCAGUCGAGCCCGCUGCGACACCGCCCCAUCUCGACCUACUGA